UGAUUGGUUCAGCUCACCUUCUCAGCAAAGACUUCUUUCACUGACCUGUCAACCAACCAUCGGUGAAACGUCUCGAAAUUCUUGCAUUCUACGCUCCGAUCUAUCAUUUGCCAAUUUACUUUUCAAUUCUUCUUGAUUUCUCUUCUUCUUCAUGAGGCUUUGGUUCACUGUUGAGAAGGGAGAAGAAGGAGACGAUGGGAACCGAUUCUUCGAUUCAAACAAAGCCGAUACCAUUAUCGACGGAAGAAGAAGAUCCUUCAACCCAAUCCACGGCGUUACUGCCUUUCAACACCGAUGCUUCUUUGGAACCGGAAAUUAAAGGAUCUCCUCCAAAGCGCACCACCAUCAUCUUCAUCGCUUUAAUACUGCUCACAUGCGUUGCUCUUUCCGCUGCCUCUGCCUUUGCCUUCCUUUUUUACUCUUCUUCAUCUCCAGCUGCAGCGCGCAACUUCUCUCGCGCUUUGAAAAAACUGGAAAAACCGGUGGUUCUUUUGGUUUCCUCUGAUGGGUUUCGAUUUGGGUACCAAUUCAAGACCCCAACACCGAACAUCCACCGUUUGAUUGAAAACGGAACCGAAGCCGAGAUGGGUUUGAUUCCCGUUUUUCCUUCCCUUACUUUCCCUAAUCAUUAUUCCAUUGUUACUGGUCUUUAUCCUGCUUACCAUGGUAUUAUAAACAACCAUUUUAUCGAUCCUAAAACUGGCGAGUUCUUCCAUAGUGCUAGUCAUGAACCCAAGUGGUGGUUAGGUGAGCCACUUUGGGAGACUGUGGUCAAUCAUGAACUAAAGGCUGCGACCAAUUUUUGGCCCGGAACUGAGGUUAAAAAGGGUUCUUGGGAUUGUCCUGAAAAGUUGUGUAUGAAAUAUAAUGCUUCUGUUUCCUUUGAAGAUAGAGUAGAUACUGCUUUAAGUUAUUUUGAUUUGCCUAGUAAUGAGAUUCCUGCGUUUAUGACUUUGUAUUUUGAGGAUCCUGAUCAUCAGGGUCACAAGGUUGGACCUGAUGAUCCCCAGAUCACUGAAGCUGUUGCUAGAAUUGACAGAAUGAUCGGCAGGUUGAUUAAUGGGUUGGAAAAAAGAGGGAUUUUCGAGGAUGUUACUAUAAUUAUGGUGGGAGACCAUGGAAUGGUCGGUACAUGUGAUAAAAAGUUGAUCUUUCUCGAGGAUUUGGAGCGGUGGAUCGAAAUUCCGGCUGAGUGGGUUCUGUCCUAUAGUCCGUUGCUUGCUAUUCGUCCGCCACCAGGCAAUGCACCAUCUGAUGUUGUUGCGAAGAUGAAUGAAGGACUGGAAUCCGGGAAGGUUGAGAACGGGAAGUAUCUGAAGGUGUAUCUUAAGGAGGAUCUACCUAGUCGGCUACAUUAUGCUGCAAGCGACCGAAUUCCUCCCAUAAUCGGGAUGAUUGAAGAGAGCUUUAAGGUGGAGCAGAAAAGGACUAAACCAAAAGAGUGCGGAGGAUCACAUGGAUAUGACAAUGCAAUUUUCUCCAUGAGGAGCAUUUUCAUCGGUCAUGGUCCUCAAUUUGCCAGGAGGAAGAAGGUGCCAUCUUUUGAGAAUGUUCAGAUCUAUAACUUGGUAACUUCAAUUCUUAAUAUACAUGGUGCUCCCAAUAACGGAUCUUCAGCAUUUCCCGAUACUAUUCUUUUGCCUACACAGUAAUAGAACAAGACUGUGCAUACCUUUCCUAAAAGUCUUGGUUUUCACACCAAGAAGACAAACUGCCGACUCCUCUGAACCUCGAAGAACCAAAGCCCUGGUUAUUUUGUCACCUUUUUUAGGUUCAUGGGGGGAAAACAUAGAGAUUUCAGCAAUCAUUUCUGGAAAACUACCUGGAUCUUCCUUGGAAAAGUACUUGCAUGUUUCAAUUCUGGUGUCGUUUCACAGCUUGGAAAUUAGAUGUUGAGAAAAGACGUCCAUUUCAGCUUUCAGAAACGCUGAAAUUGGCAAUUUCUUUUUAUUUUACAAACUUAGAACAUUGGAGGUUUAUGGGAUAUAGGAGAAAGAAACAACCUUUCAUUGAUCACUUGAUCUAGUUUGAUAAUGUCAUGUUUUUUGCUGGCAGUUUCUGUCUAGUCUCCGGUUACCGGAGGUGAAAUUCCAUUUUACUAUUCUUCUUUUACACUUCAGAAUCUUCUUUCUUCUAUUCUCAGAUGGAAAAAACUGAGACGAAAACCAAUUAAACUUGCUAAAACUUCAUAUUUUUAGAAAAUCUACUUAUUUUUUGGA